UCCGCCCGUCUCCGUCACGCUCACGCGUUCCCUUUUGCGCCCCGCCUCUCCUUUCCUUCUAUCUCACCGCCGCGGACGCGCGAGGCAACACCCUACUGUACCCAACAGAUAACCCCGCAGCGGCAGCGCCCACCACCGCAGCGCAGUUCCGCCGCCAGCCGAGGCGGACGACCGAACUCAAGGCUCCUCGGGCCCUAACCCUAGCUACCUCCCGCGACACCGGAGGCAGCACAGGAGGCGGAGGCGGGAUGCUGUUCCAGGUGGGAGGGCAGGGCGCGCGGCCCACCUUCUUCGAGAUGUCGGCCGCGCAGCAGCUGCCCGCCAGCCUCCGCGCCGCGCUCACCUACUCGCUCGGGGUUUUUGCCCUAAGAAGGCCAUUACUACACAGAGUUUUAGAUUAUGAAGACGAAUUCUUUGCUUUGUUAAUGGGCAUCCUUGAGUCUCACAGUCUACGGACAACAGAUGGUUCCUUUUCAGAGUCAUUAUAUGGUCUCAGGAGGAGACCUGUUAAGGUUUCAGUGAAGAGAAAAAAUCCUGGUACAGAAUCUAGUGACAAAGUCUAUGAUUCUGCGCUAAUGAAGCGCCAGAAGAUCCUCUCCGUCGUUUUUUUGGUUGUUUUGCCAUAUUUUAAGUCAAAGCUGCAGUCUAUAUAUAACAAAGAAAGGGAAGCCAGGUUGCAGGCAACUCUUUGGGGUCAGGAUGAUGUUAGAUUUGAUGAAGCUGGCUUUCCAUUAGAUCAGGAGCAGACUUCUCAAGCACGGUCUGAGCCUACAACUGGAGAAGUGUCAAAUUUGACACGUUUUAAGAAGAAUUUUGCAGCACUUAUAGGUGUUUGCUAUCCAUGGAUUCAUGCAACCAAUGAAGGUCUCUCUUUUGCAUACCAGUUGCUAUAUCUGUUGGAUAGCACUGCAUUUUACGGUCCAGCACUUCAUGUGCUUGGACUUCAUGUUUGUCGUGCUACUGGACAAGAGCUGAUGGAUUCAUCUUCCAGGAUAUCAAGGAUUAGAAAUCGUGAACUUGAGAGACUUCGUGGUCCUCCAUGGUUAAAGGCUGUGCAACGGGUGUUCCUUAGUUGUAUGUACACGACUCUAGAUUAUGCACAAACUGGUUUAAUAGCCGCAGUCUUCUUUUUCAAGAUGAUGGAGUGGUGGUAUCAAUCUGCUGAAGAAAGAAUGUCAGCUCCGACUGUAUAUCCACCGCCCCCUCCUCCACCGACUCCAAAGGUUGCUAAAGACGGACUUCCCUUGCCACCUGACAUGACGCUCUGCCCCCUAUGCUGCCAGAAGCGUACUAACCCCUCUGUUCUUUCUGUUUCUGGUUUUGUGUUUUGCUACAGUUGCAUAUUUAAGUCCGUCUCUCAGCAUAAAAGGUGUCCUGUAACGCUGAUGCCUGCAACUGUUGAACAGAUCAGGCGUCUCUUCCAUGAUUUGUAGUUCAAAUAGACGGGAACACUUCCUGAUAUCUGAAGAUCAGGAGGAAGUCAGUUACACGAAACAUACAUUGCAGCCAUUAUUUUGUUAAACCAUGAGACACUCAGCUUCAGUCCCUCCUUUUGAUACUUGCAAGCACGGUCACCACAAAUGGUGCCCAAUUCUUCUCUUUUUUAGGAAAUUUUAUGUUCACAUACCCCCUCUUGUUAAAUUUUGUUGUUCAUUGGAAUUGAACGGCAAAAAACGAGCUGAUGUCAGCAGUUUUAGGUUAGGGUGUAUGAUGUGUUGUUAGGUGAGGUACAGAGGAGAUUCGUUUAGAUGAGGUGACUUAUAACCAGUUACUCAAUGAGAUAUCCUUGUCCUCCACCUGCAUGACAGUUUGAGGUCAUGUAAAGGUCAUACUUGCUGUAUAGUUCUUUGUAAAUUAUGGAUGCUGGAACCUACAUGGGAUGAUCUAUUGAAUAUUUUGUCAUCCAACUUU